AGCCAUCCAAAGGAACCCAGAAUGAGGAAGGUGGGAGAGAGGGGGAAGGUUCACUGCGCACCAAGAACAGGCCCAAGAGGAUGGCAUCAAUUCAUUCUGGGGAGAACGCAGUUAAUGAGGUGAAAGAUCGUGGAGGUAUGCAGGAGUGCCAUCUAGUAGCCAAGCAACUGUCCAAGGCUGAAACAAAUGACGUAUGGAAACACGUCCUCCUUGGCAAGUUAGAUUCAGUGUGUGAACGCUUAUUGUUCGGUGACACAUCGUGCAUACUGGACCCCAGAGUGGUGGAGGGGGAGUGGGUGCAUCACAACAUGACCAGAGUGACCUCGAGGGGUGUGGUGCUGGCCCCUGAUGGUCACCCAGAUGACCUUCCUAAUUGGAUCCUCACAGCUAUGAAGUGCAUGGCUCACUGUAAGUAUCUGUGUGUCAUAGUUUACCUGUCACGGUUCUCACAUACGAAGAGUAGUUGUAGUCUUCAAGGUGAACUACAAGAGUGUAUUGGAGGCUGAAGGCGUUAAAUACAAGACACCACCUCUGCUACUCUUAUUAUUAACAGCUGCAACACGGUGAGACUAUAACUGGUCGGGAGCGUUGGCUAACUGC